CUUUGACCACAACAGGCCUCAGAUCUAAACCCAUAAACUACCCCCCCCCUCUCUCUCUGCCAUUGUUGGCUACUCUCGUACCCUUUCUCUUCCAAACCCUUAACCAAAACUUAUCUUCUUUACAAGACAAGCUGACCACUUCCAUGAACUACCUAUGAACUCACAUGAAAACCAGUACAGAGAAGAUAGAUGGAUAGCCUGAUUCAGCUUAAAUUUUGGUGGUCGAUGCUUCAAAUCUCUUCUCUUUCCCUCUUUUGGUGAAACCUGUAGCUGUUCAAAGUACCCAGCAAACGGUAAAGAGUAAACCCCAAAGUUCUAACCCUGUAAGUGAAGGGAACAAGAAUAGAAACCCUACAGUUCUUUUUUUUCUUUUGAUCCAUCGAAAUUCAGCUGGUUCUUGUACGUGUUAGCAAGUUGUUGAUGAACAGGUUUGAACUUUGAAGGGAAGAACAGAAAUGGAUCCGAUAACAGCUCAUGGCCGCCAUCUUCCUUCUUUCCUCGCUAGAGAUCUUCAUCUAAACCCGCACCAUCAGUUCCAUCAUCACCACCAACAGCAACAGAAUUCCGAAGACGAACAAAACCGUGGCCAGAAACGAGAUCGAGAAGAAACAGCUACCGCUGAAACAACCGACACGGGUGGAGACAAGGUGUUGGCCGUUUCCGAAGCUGAAAACGCAAGAAGACCACGAGGCAGGCCCGCCGGUUCCAAGAACAAGCCUAAGCCGCCAAUAAUCAUAACCCGGGAUAGCGCCAAUGCUCUCCGGUCCCACGUUAUGGAAGUCGCCACCGGCUGUGAUAUUAUGGAGAGCGUUUCGACUUUCGCCAGGCGGAAACAAAGAGGGGUUUGCAUUUUGAGUGGGAGCGGAACCGUAACGAAUGUAAACUUGAAGCAACCUGGAGCUCCGGGUGCAGUGGUAAAUUUACAUGGAAGAUUCGAAAUUUUAUCACUUUCUGGGUCGUUUUUACCUCCUCCGGCACCAGCGGCUGCAUCAGGAUUGGCCAUAUAUUUAGCAGGUGGUCAAGGUCAAGUAGUCGGAGGGACCGCGAUGGGUCCACUCGUUGCUUCGGGUCCGGUGGUGAUUAUGGCAGCUUCUUUCGGUAAUGCGGCGUAUGAAAGACUUCCAUUGGAGGAAGAAGAACAGCCAGUGGAGCCUCCAAUUCCUGGAAGUGGAACCUUAGGGUCAUCGGGAAGCAUGGCUUCCCAACAACAACAGCCGCAACUACUGCAAGAUCCCAAUGGAUCUUUUGCUCAAGGAUUGCCACCAAAUCUUCUAAAUUCAGUCCAAAUGCCAGCUGAUGCCUACUGGGGCACAGGUCACACCCCUUAUUAACAAAAAAACACAGAAAAUUUCUUCUUUCUCCGCUUUGUUUGUUUUUUUAUCACUCUUUUAUAAAAUAGUUGAUGUUUAAGUGAAGUAUUAAAGAUUUUGAUCGCCAUGGCUUUAAUUUGAAGUAGUUUGAAGAAGAAUGUACAAAUUUCCUGGAUUAUCUCUCCCUUCCAGUUGAAUUUUUAUAAAGGUAGAAGCAUGGCAGUCAUUUCUCUCACUCUUUCUUGUCUCAGAAAUUUGUUUUAAAAGUAAUGAGUUGGAAGAAAGGCAAAGGAGAUGGGAGGUUAUGGGCUUAGGGUUUUGGUGUCUUUUUUUGUUUCUUGCUUUGAUAAUGGUUGGUUUCAUAAUGGAAUAAGCUUGUCCGGUUACACGUGCGCUGGUGCGUAUGAUAAAGAAGGAAGCUCCUUUUCGAGGUAACCAUUUCCUUGUAUAAUUUCCAUGUAAAAAAGCCAAGCCAACAACAUGAGUAAAGAAGCAUGCAGGACAAAUUGAGUCUGCUCCUCAUGCGUUAAAGUUUCAUCUUUCUCAACAACAAAAAAAUGUCACUGCCCACUAUACUUGUAAAGUGGCAUGGACUGAAUCAAUUACAG